CGUUCUGCACGUAUAAACACGCUCGUCAUCAGCCCGAGUGCUCGAUUCACAUUCCAGCACACUAACAUCACAUAAAACAAAAAAUCGAUAAUAGAAUACACCAAAAAUCAUUUAAAUUAUCGAUUACAAGACAAAAGCCGCAGUGCAGAUUUGAAUUAUCACGACCGUUUUAUAAAGUGUCUUCGAUGGCAACAUCGAUAUCGCAUGGCGAACCGGCAUCAACACUGUAGUCAUAGUGACGCGUUUAUGUUGACAUUAUUAUUUUUUUGUAAUUUUUUCUAUAUACCUACGUAAGUUGCAAUGACAAAAACAUUCUGUAAUUUCAAUAGCAGCUAGUGUUUGUGUCACAUAAAAAUGGGAAAUGGAAUGAACAAGGUACUCCCCGGUCUAUACGUGGGCAACUACAGAGACUCUAAGGACACCGUACAGCUAGAGAAAUACAAGAUAACACACAUACUAUCCAUACACGAUGCCGCUAGAAGACUACACUCUGACAAGCACUACCUCUGCAUAAUGGCGUCUGAUUCACCAGACCAGAACCUGACACAGUACUUCAGUUUAUGUAACGACUUCAUACACGCCGCGAGACUCAGAGAAGGCAACGUCCUUAUACAUUGUUUGGCGGGAAUGUCUCGGAGCGUGACAGUUGCCGUUGCGUACAUAAUGUCGGUGACACCCCUAACAUGGCGAGAGGCAUUGAAAGUUGUCAGAGCGGGUCGAGCUGUUGCCAACCCUAAUCUCGGCUUCCAGAGGCAACUCCAAGACUUCGAAACUUACAAACUAGUUGAGGAGAGGAGACGUUUAAAAGAACGGUACCCGUCACUGGCUCUAGCCGAGAAGGAUUUAUCGGAGUGCCGCAUCAUGCUCGAUUCCUACCAGACGAUGCUGAGCGAGAGAACCAUUUGCGAAGGAAAGUGCGCCAUGGGCCGACAGUGUCCAACUGGCGUUUGCAGGACCGCGUCUAAGAGACAGCCUCGACCGCGAAAGGCCGCGGCGGCUUCUAGCUGCGACGCCGGAGCAACGGCGAUGAAACGAUCACCGUCCACACUGUCCACUACUUCCACUGCUUCUGGCUACCGACCGAGAUCAUCCCCAGCCGGCUUGUACAGCUACACCGGCGGUCCCUCGAGACCGACCCGUUCAGCGUCUGGUCUGAGCGUGACCCGCGUGACGGACUCGAGCGGGCUCGGCUCGGCGAUGGCGGUGGGCGGCACGGAGUACUCGCGGCGCCGCGCAGCCUCGGCGCCCGCCACGCCGGCGCUCUCCCCCGCCUCCUCGCCGCCCGGCUCGCCGCACCGUGCUCCACAUAGGCCUGGCUGCUCUUGGAUCAUUCCCACAGUGAAGUGGGACCCCAACACAAUGUAGUAACGAGUGAAGCAGCCUUAAUCACCUCGCACCGUCAGAAGGUCACGUGCUCUACAACGAUGCUCUUAGCAGUCAUUUUAAUGUCGCUCUCCAUCCGCCCAGCACCGCCCAGCACCGUCGAACACCAUCCAACAUCCUUAUGCUCAACCUGCCAAGUCCAGAUUUAUACGCUGAAUCAGUUAUGUCGCUUACACGAAGCGAGUUUGCCGAUUUUUAGUCAAUUCUUAAUCGAAACCGACCAAAUUGCGUUCGUGUGUUAACGGCUAAAUUUAUGCAAAAAUCUAGCUAACGUUAGUAUGGAGAUUGUGUGGUUUGCCUUUUUGUAUAAUCCUGUAAAGUUUGGAAGGUCGUUUCGCCAACGAUUUAUUAGUAAUGUUCUUGUUUUGGCGAUGGGAAUGGAUGAUAGGUAUAUGUAUGUGUAAAUAUCAAAAGCACAGUGACUUGAAAUGUUCGAUUCAAUACCUUAAAAGGACAGUUGAGUGAUUACAAAUUUUAUAUUUAUCAAGGAAAUUGGUAAUUGUGUGGUGAAGUGUCCGAAAAACAAUUUAUGUUACGUUUUUGUGGAAUGUGAUCGGAAAAAAAUUGAAUUAGCAAGACCUUUGAUGAAACAUGUUGAUUGUUAUUAAAAUGAAGAACGUAUUUAUGAGUUAAAAAUAUUGAAACCUUUGGCCUUUUGGGAUGUCAUCGGUUUGUUUAUGAGAAAGUGUAUGAUAUAUUUACGUAUUUUUUUUAAAGAAGCACCUAUUGGUGAAUUUUAUUAGAUCCGAUCAUAAAUAUAUAUUAACAUAUUCUAAUAGAUCUCGCCCCUAUUGAAUGUUGUAUUUCCAAGGAAAAAAGUAAUCUAAGAUAUUAGAUUGUUUAAAAGAAAAGUUGCCUUUUUGAAAAUAAGCAAAGGAAGCUUAGCGUAGAUGUGCAGAUAAACGUGAAAGUUCAAGUUACUUAGAAGAUAAGGCACAAUUUGAAGUUAAGUAAGUAUAAAGAAAGAGGCUUAAAGCCAUAAUGGAAAUGAGUAGUUUUAUGGUCUGCUUUUGAAAGCAAUAAAAAAAUGGUAGAAAUUUGUUCUUGAAAAUUAAAUUUGGUAAGAAACGAAUGUAGAGUUUACAACCCUGUUUUCAAAUAAAACGCCAUUGAUAUAAAUGGUACUACUACAUAUUUAAAAAAAAUUUUUUGAUUCAUAUGGACCUUGAUAAGCGGGAUGUAAAAUUUAAAAGAAGAA